CAAUCACAUGACCCGGAAGUCUGUAUACGUACGUACACACCGACUUAAUAAUUCCGGGUAACGAAUUGGUCAGCUAAGUGAUAUAUUUGCGAACACGUCUGCUGGAAAAAUAUGCCGGGAGGUGACAGGGAAAGCGACCUUUCUGAGCGAACAGAGGCUUUCUUGGUUGAGCUAAAGCGGAGUGGCAGCGGAGCAGGACCAUUCCGCGCCUCGGUGGAAACCGCCAAAGAGACAGCAGCGUUACUGCGAAAGAUUACCGCGCAGGCACGAUGGAGCAGUGCAGGCGAUCUUAUGGAAAUCGUGCGCAAGGAGGGGAGGAGAAUGACAGCUGCCCAGCCGUCAGAGACCACUGUAGGGAGCAUGGUGCGGAGGGUACUAAAGAUCAUCAGAGAGGAGUACGCAAGGUCUCGGGGGAGCAGAGAGGAGACGGAUCAACAGGAAUCUUUACACAAGCUUUUGACCUCAGGAGGCCUGAAUGAAGACAAUUUCAGGCAACAUGUCAAAGACCUUAGAUUAAACGUCAUAGAGGCCAUAAACGAACUGCUUACAGAACUUGACAUAACUACGGAGAACAUCGCCAUGCAGGCUCUAGAGCACAUCCACUCCAAUGAGGUCAUCAUGACCAUCGGCCGCUCGCGCACCGUCGAGGCAUUCUUGAAAGACGCCGCACGCAAGCGCAAGUUUCACGUCAUUGUGGCUGAGUGUGCUCCUUUCUGCCAAGGUCACGAAAUGGCAACCAGUCUUUCAAAAGCUGGCAUUGAGACAACAGUCAUUCCUGAUGCAGCGAUAUUUGCUGUGAUGUCUCGAGUGAACAAGGUCAUAAUCGGCACGCAGACAGUGCUGGCCAACGGGGGCCUACGGGCUGUGAAUGGGACUCAUACCUUGGCCCUAGCAGCCAAACAUCACUCCACCCCCCUGAUCGUCUGUGCUCCCAUGUUCAAGCUGUCCCCGCAGUUCCCGAACGAAGAAGACACGUUCCACAAAUUCGUCUCCCCACAGGAAGUGCUUCCAUUCACUGAAGGGGAGAUCCUGUCCAAGGUGAACGUGCAUUGCCCCGUGUUCGACUACGUGCCUCCUGAGCUCAUCACCCUCUUCAUUUCCAACAUCGGUGGCAAUGCCCCCUCCUACAUCUACCGCCUGAUGAGUGAGCUCUACCACCCAGAGGACCACGAGCUCUGAUUCUCCCUGUAAAUAAAAGACCAUAUUUAAUUCUG